AGCUUUGGCUCGAGGAGGCCGCGUCGCCUCUGGCGCGAGCGUGCCCCCGCGAGGCCGCCAGGCGCCCGUCUCGGCCGCCAUGGCCCGCCCGCUCGCCCUCCUGUGCGUGCUGGUGCCGGCGGCCGCCGCGCCGGCGGUCUGCCUGGAGAGCAGCCUCGGUCGGGCGCAGUGCGAGGCCCGCCGCGGAGCCGCCGCCGCUCCCCGCGCGGAACCGCGCACGGCCGCCUCGUGGGCCGCCCGCGCCGGCGGGCCCGCCGCCGCGCCGCUCGAGGCGCGCCCGCUGGCCGGCGCGCCCGCCGCGGCGCCGCGGAGCACUGCGGCGCCCGAGGCGUCGAGGACCGGGCGUCUGUCCGACACGUGAUGGGGGCCGGCGUCUCCUUCACGCAGAAAGGCAUCGUCAUGAGUCGCAAGGCGGCCGUGACCAAGGCGUGAGCAGGCGUCGGGCCCUGUGCUGUUCCCCCUCCACCUGUUCUCGCGGUGCAGACAUGAGGCGGCAGGACGUUUCUGUCUGCGGCCUCCGGGGGCCCUCACAAGGGCCCCGGGCCGUCGCCAGAGACGACGGGGGACGAUGCGAAAGCCGGUCCCGAGGGUGGGGCCCAGCUUACUGGGCAUCCACGGCGCGAGCAAGCACGACGUCGGGCCGACCUUGGGGCACCCUCCGCCCCUCGCCGGCACUCUGCCGCUGGCGCCCUGCCGGCGCGGCGCUCUCGCCUCCCUCGCCGUAUAUCGGGCGUGCAUCCGUGCGACCGCAUCAUCCGCGCGGUUGUGCGCCCAGGAAGCCAGGGCGCGAGGGGUCGCUGAUACGGGCAUGUCCGCCGCUCGCGAAGGUCUGGGGAUGGCAUGGCCUCUUCCGCACAGAGGGGUUGCCUUUGUCGUUGUGGAAGAUUGUUAGAGCGUCCACUGUCAUGGCUUCCACAGCUUUGUCCCCCCCAGGCGCGAGAGUCGGGGGGCCUGGGCCGCCCAUGCGUUUUUUCGCGCUGAGCCCGCUGGCCGCCACCUGCGACGAUGCAGAUGCCAUCGUCGCAAGCGCGCGUGCUCCCAGUCAUGAUAGGUUUCGCGAGUAAUUAUUGUUAGGUGAUGCCGCUGCCAUCGGCGUCGGUUCCAGGCGUAGCCGGGGGCUGGCUGAUCCUGGCUUCAGUGGACCCCGCGCCUUUCAGGGCAUCGUUCGCUCUGUGUCCUACAGCGGACAUUUUACAGCGCUGACUUCUCUGCCCGCAUCUGCGUGGUGCAUAUGCCACCAUUGCAGGCGCACGUAUCAUUAGGUUGUGCGGGCGCCAUCUCCGCAGAUGCGCCUCGCCUCGACAGAAGCGGAAGAUCCGCGCGUUGCCCGAAAC